UUUUUUGUUUUUUUUCUUUCCUUUUUUUUUAUUAACAUAACAUAAAACAAUGUGUGGUAUCUGUGCCAUUUAUAACUAUCAAGGUGAUAUUGACGCCUAUCGUCAACGUGCUCUUUAUCUCUCUAAAAAGAUUAGACACCGUGGUCCUGAUUGGUCUGGUUGUCAUGUAGCUAACAACACAAUCCUUUGUCAUGAACGUUUAGCUAUUGUCGGUGUUGGCUCUGGUGCUCAACCUCUUGUUAGUGAAGAUGGUAACCUUGUUCUUUGUGUUAAUGGUGAAAUCUAUAACCAUAAACAAUUAAGAAAACAAUUAAAGAAGCCUCAUCAAUUUAAGACUGAAUCUGACUGUGAAGUUAUCAUGCAUAUGUAUGAUGAAAUGGGUACAGAUCUUGUUCAACAUUUAGAUGGUAUGUUUUCCUUUGUUCUGUUAGAUGUUAAACGCAACCGUAUUAUUGCUGCUCGCGAUCCUAUUGGUAUUACAACCCUUUACUACGGUUGGUCUAGUAAAAUGCCCGAAACUGUCUUUUUUGCUUCUGAACUUAAAUGUCUUAAUGAAGAAUGUGACACCAUCUUGGCUUUCCCUCCUGGUCAUCUUUAUGAUUCUGAGACUAAGGAAACCACACGUUGGUUUAACCCUACUUGGUGGGAACCUGAACGUAUCCCUACUAACGAAGUAGAUUAUACACUUUUAAGAGAAGCUCUUGAAAAAUCUGUUCGUAAGCGUCUUAUGGCUGAGGUUCCUUAUGGUGUUCUCUUGAGUGGUGGUCUUGAUUCAAGUUUAAUUGCUGCUAUUGCUGUUAGAGAAGCUGAAAAGAUUGCAAGAGGGGGUCGUCCUGCAGAUCCUGAUUUUGAUGAAAGCGGUCCCAUGAACUGGCCUGGCGUUCAUUCCUUCUCUAUCGGUUUACCCGGUUCUCCUGAUUUAAUUGCUGCUAGAGAAGUAGCUAAAUAUCUUAAUACAAUUCACCACGAAUAUACUUUCACAAUUCAAGAAGCCUUAGAUGCCGUUAGUGAUGUCAUUUAUCAUCUUGAAACUUAUGAUGUAACUACCAUUCGUGCUUCAACUCCUAUGUAUCUUUUAUCACGUAAGAUUAAGGCAAUGGGUGUCAAGAUGGUUCUCUCUGGUGAAGGUUCGGAUGAAGUCUUUGGUGGCUACCUUUACUUCCAUCAAGCCCCUGAUGCUCCUUCCUUCCAUGCUGAAUGUGUAACUCGUGUUAGAAACUUGCACACCUCUGACUGUCUUCGUGCUAAUAAAUCUACAAUGGCAUGGGGUCUUGAAGCUCGUGUUCCUUUCCUUGAUAGAGACUUCUUGGAGGUUGCCAUGAACAUUAAACCCGAAGAAAAGCGUCCUAACUCAAAAUUAGGUCGCAUGGAGAAAUAUAUUAUUCGUAAGGCCUUUGAUACCUCAGAUGAUCCUAAUGCUAAGCCUUAUUUACCUACAAACAUCUUAUGGAGACAAAAGGAACAAUUCUCGGAUGGUGUUGGUUAUAGUUGGAUCGAUUCUUUAAAGGCUGUGAGUGAAAAUAAGGUUAGUUCAGAAGAAUUAGCUCAAGCUGCAUCUCGAUGGGAAAAGGAUACUCCUGAUACAAAGGAAGCUUACAUGUAUCGUGUUAUGUUUGAGCAAUGGUUCCCUCAACCUGCUUGUACUGCUUCUGUUGUUCGUUGGGUUCCUCGUACUGAUUGGGGUUGUUCCUCUGAUCCUUCUGGUCGUGCACAAAAGGUUCACGAGAAAGCUUACGAAAAAGAAGCAUAAAUUAUAAUGAUAAUUGUAUACAUUUUUACUUUCAAUUUUAUUUUUUAUUAUUAUUAUUAUUAUUAUUAUUAUAAAUGUGUAUGUAUAUACAAUAUAACUCAACCUUCCUC